GCAGCGAGGUGCUAUCGGAGUUGGACGUGUGUUUUGCCGCAGUUCGAAAGGUUCGCGAUUCGCGUGCUUUGUUACUUCCUCGCGUUCUGGUGUACUUCGGGAGAUCACCCCGGGCUUCCAGUUAGGCCAAAUCCGGCUUACGGAGUUUUGCGUUUACCUGUAGUUAUAUCGGUUUCUGCUAUUGUAGACAGCACACCAGCUGGUGCGUACGAGGCGAUUCUCCGUUGGAUAUUUAUCUGUGAAUCUUGUGUUGAUUUGAAUUGUAUUAUUUUCACUAGUUUGCUAGUUAACGGAUUGUGGAGUGGCGAGUGAGGUGAAUUUAACAUAACCAACGAAGGCAAAGUAGUGAACCAUUUCGAAGGAGAUUCUAACUUGUGAUCCGAUGUAGAAAUCGAAAAGUUCUCUCCCCAUGCCAAUACUGUUGAAUGAAUGUGUGCAGAAGACAGAAAUAAAAGGAAGGCGUUGAAGAAGUUGCAGUUUGCAGACCUGUCAUAAGCCUGUCAUCUGGCGUACAGUAUCUUUUGGAGUUUUAAGUUUUAAGUGCUAAUGAUAAGCUCUAGUUGUUUCAAAUUGGCAAACAAAAGUGCUUGUGUUGUACUGCCAUUUCAGAAAGUCGUCAGUAAAAGAGAAGCGAAUUAUUCAAUCAUCAUAAAACGCAAGUCUCCUAGAGGCAACCAAGUAAAGCAUAGUUACAAUCUGCGCUCCGUUUACAAUUAUUCAAUUAACCGUGACUAAAUAACAACUAAAAGGAGUCACAAUCUGAGUUGCUAGAUUGCGUGCAGGUUUGCAGUUUUGCAGGAAAGGGGGCGAAAAGUGUCUUACGUUUCGGUGGUGGCUUGUGAUGUGAAGCAGAGCGAGGAAAAAAAGGAGUUUCACUUUGAUUAUUUUGAAUUCAUUGAAUUAUACAUACCUACACACAUAGAGUUUUCACCAGCUUCCCUUGCGUCCCUGACCAGGCAUUUUCAGAAGUGCUAACGCGUCGAAAGUCGAGAAAAAGGAAAAGAAAAAGGUGGUGGAAAAGCGCUGUGUUUGUGUUUAAUUUAUAUAAAAACCAAGCUUAUUUUGGACAAAACAUAGCUUUCGGAGUGUUGGAUAACACUGGUCUCGCACGAACCGCUCGUUGCAGCCCGCGCUCAGGUGCAUGUCAACGGGAAUCCGACGCGGUCUGCUAUCGAGCGCAAAUUGGUGGCUAUUUUAACCAAUCACACCACGGAUCCGAAACUACUGACACGGAUUAUUCAAGAAUUGAAGAAUAAAUCUGUCUGAAGUGAAAUUGAAACAUUAUUGCUAAUUGCAAGAAAUCAUUUGUCGAACUUGCUGCCAUCCACGUGAAAAGGUCUAUAGUCGAAGAUAAGAUGUCGCACUCAUGAACAACACUUCCGACAAGCACAAGAUCUCACUAUGACUGAGGCGUUGAAGCUGGCCGACAUGCAACGGGCCAGCCUCGAGUUCGAGCGGCAGCGGCAUCUGGCAAACUGGUUGAUCGAAUCUAGUCCGCAUAUGCCGAAACCAUCCCCGCAGCAGCAAAAACAACAACAGCAACUGAAUAAGAAAGGCAAAUUCAAGCAGAACCCAAUGUUUUUCCUAGCGAAAAUAGGCCAUAACAUGAACUUUACCAGCAACAACAAUCCUCCAAUAGCAAACAAUCUGCUCGGAAGCAAUUCGAUAGCGUCAACCUUCAACUCGCAGACCAACCUACCGCUAGCGAUAGUAUCCUCGUCCGGUCGAGAUGGCCACAAGCCCAAACUGAGACGGUUCAAUUCGCACGACACUAGCGCCAAUAUGUUUUCGGUGGCAGAAUUUGAAAAUGCUCGCCUAGCUAGGAGAAAUGAGCUGGAAAAUGCUGCCCUUCUGAGGCAACGGCAACGAUACAAGCUGAAUUCCCUUUCGUCAGGUGGGGACUGUUCCACCGGAGAAAGCAAGGGAUCCAAGCUCAGCAACGAAUCUGCUACUGAGCCACUAUUUGCCGAACAGUUUCUCGAAAAAUUCUCACUUCCUCGUGUGGUGCGGCUCUCUUACACAUCGAACGGCGGAAGCAGCUCCGGUGACCAGACCAUGACCUCAUCUAGCUCAGCCGAAUCGACCAGCACUUCGGAGCGGAAGAAAAAGAAGAAAUCGUCCUUUCCGAGUUCAUCCAACGGAGAGCUGUUCUUGUUGUAUCGGCUCAUGCGGAAUUACAAGCUAUACCACGCGUUCAAUUCGAAGGCCGGUACCAAUCGGAAAAAGGGAUACAAAAUCCCGCAGGAUUAUCCUGGUUAUUUCUCAUUCCUAAACGACAAAGGAACCCAGACGGCUACUAUCUACACGACAAUUGUUCAACUGGUGCGUGAACGCGUCUACAAAUUUCUCUGCCUCGAAAACCUCUCAGCAUACACUGAAUCCCAAGACAAUUUUAGCCAAAAAACGCACUACGUCAAGGCAACGGCUAAGGCAGGCCAAGUUUAUCGCUUGCUGGCAGUUUUCCAGGAUGGAGACCACAAGUCAUCCUCUAGUCAAAAGGAUUCCACUUCUUUGAACGCCAGCGUGGGCGGUACGGAAAAGGAACGUGGCAAGUACGCUCAACUACUCGGGGAUAAUAGACAGAUUUACUACGUCUCGUUAUCAGCCAAAGGUAAAUUUUAUGAAAUAGAACAGCACACAGCUCCUGUGCUGCUGAAAAGCAGCAGUUUGGGACAUCCGAGUAGCAACAGCAAAACACCCAAGCAGCUCAAUCGAGAGUGUGUCCACAAGAUUGGGUUCAUCAUGCAAUCGGAAGUGAAUCUGCCGCUGAAUUUGAAAUUGAUUGCAAGCAUGAGCGGUAAUAGUAGCUCCCAGAAUAGUGUACCGGAUUAUAUCACAAUUGCCAAGGCCAGUAUUGAACAUUUUAUCAUCGCCUGCCCGUUGGAUGAACAAGAGCUCGCCUCAUCGCUGACUCUAACCAAGCUACAUAUAACACCCCAGAUGAAGUUUACGAAGUACUCGUUGGGUUUCGACAACGAGCAGCGAAUGUUUCUAAAUGGUGGCAUUCAAACGGUGCUUAAAUUUUGUCAAUUCAACUGCGAAAAUUUCACCCGCAUCGUUGACAGCGAUACCAACUGGGUGGAACUGCAGCAGAUGAUCAAUGCCGUUCAACAGCAGCAGUCUUUCAACAGUCUCAAUCACAUAACGACAUCCGGAGGCAGUAACACUUCGGCAACCAAGAGCGAAGUGCUGAAAAGGCUUAAACUUACGCGACUUUUCGGCGGACCAGAUCGAAACCAAAACUCAACAUCCGGUCAUGAGAAGGAGGACUCGAUCAUAUUUUUGAGUAAAAAUGAUCUGGAGAACCUUGAAUGUAGUCAGCAGCAGCAGCAGCAAUUGCUACAGCGCCAAGAUCAAGAUCAACAACCAAUAUCACUGGUUUCCGGAAUGAGCGAAAAAAUGAAAGUGUUUACACCGAGCAAGAAACGUUGGUUCAAGGGUUUGCGAUCUUCGGGAAACCAAGAGCACGACAGUGGUGUGGAAGAGGAAUCCGAGAAAAAAAUGUCCAGCAUAGACCGUUACCAGGAUAUGUCCCGAUUGAUACAGGAGCGGUUUGGAGAGAUGGACAUAAGUGGGAUCAACGUUAGCAAAGCAAAUUCUGAUAUCGGAUAUGACGAUACAGUUAAUGGAAUCCCAGGUGAUCUGGUUGCAGGUGGACUUCAAAAAUGUCUCUCUUUGCAACACAUUGAGCUGAAAAGUGGAAGCAAUAUGGAUAUCAGAAACAAAGAUAAACCAGAUCUGGUUAACAACAUCAACCUGACUGAAAAAGAUCAUUCCGAUGAGAUCAUGUCGGAGUCAGAAGAUACAUUGUUCUUUCCCAUUCGCAGCAGUGCCAAACAACAAUCGUUCAUGACUCAAAAGCUGUACAGCGAGUUCCAUGUCAAGACCAAACAGCACAGCAAAUCACAGUCAAGCCUACAGCAUCUGCUAAAUCUUGCCAGUCCCCAGCGACUGUCUGAAGCUAAAUGUAAACUGAAAGCGAACGACAAAAAGCGGUCUGAAAUCGUUCUUUCGUUUGAAGAUUUGCAAAGUCUGACUAGGGAAGAAGAACUCGCUGAAAGUUCGCAACGAACUCAACUCAGCCUUCUUGAUGAUUUGCCAUACAGCAGCGUUCGGGAUUCGAUUAUUCUUCAAGAAAGUGAACCUCGAACACCAUCGGAAAGCAUCUACGCAGAAAUCUGCUCCGAUAGUCCACCUGGAUCCACAACACAAUCCCAGCAAAACCAUCCAAUAUUCUCAUCACUUUCCGAAAAGCGAUUUACCAGCAUUCGCAUCAAUGUUCCCUCCAGCGACACGUGCCAAUUGGUGAGCCACAAUCCAGCCGGAAGCCGAUGUGCAACCGUAGCCGCUGGUCCCGUAGAGGACAACAUCUACAAUACGAUCAAAUAGGAGCUCUAUAGAUAGUUUCUCAGCUGUAAAUUCGGACAAAUCGCUACCUGGAAACCACAUCAAACGCUCAAAAAAUGUAUGUGUCACUACUGGCACAUGCCCGCAACUGUCAAUUAUCCCAGGAAACGCCGAAAUAAAGGACAACCACGCGCUUAUAAAGCCACAGUAAUCCGCAAAGAUACAAUCUUACUUAUUUGCUAGUUUUAGAAAAAUGAGACAGGGAAGGUAACUAAUAAGCGGAAUAAAAAAAAACAAACCACGGCGACCAAAGUAUUACCGGAACUUGUGAUAAACGCGAAAAAGCAAUGAUAACUCUAAUUUAGAAUAGACGACAGCAAGAACGUAAUCAUUAUUACCCACAGUUAGCACUAUAAAACCGUUCAUCAGCUUACAUUUUAUCACGAUGUUUAUAGGUGACAAAAGAGCCUUUCGAAAAUUGAAAAAUAUAUAACUUACUACACGCACUUGUUAA